GAUGGCCGGCCCGGGAACCUGAGCUCCUCCGCGGUCACCCUGGUCCCCUCCGCGCCUAAGCUCAUCGGUGGGCGAGUGGGACCGCGGCGCUCCGUGGGUGGAGCCGAGGUACUCCGUGGGUGGAGCGGGCGGCCGGUCGCGGCGCCCAAAGGGGCCGUGGAGCCGGAAUCGCGCGCGCCUUGCCGCCCGGGAAGGCGGGAGGGCGCGAGGGGCGCGAGGGGCGCGGGGCAGCAUGAGUCAGCAGCGACCGGCGCGGAGACUGCCCAGCCUGCUGGUGGAUCCGGCGCAGGAGACGGUGCGUCGCCGGUGCCGGGACCCCAUCAACGUGGAGAGCCUACUGCCGUCAAAAAUAACGAUUAACCUAGAGGAAAACGUGCAGUAUGUGUCCAUGCGAAAGGCUCUGAAAGUGAAAAGGCCCCGUUUUGAUGUGUCGCUGGUGUACUUGACUCGCAAGUUCAUGGAUCUCGUCAGAUCUGCCCCCGGGGGCAUUCUUGACUUAAACAAGGUUGCCACAAAACUGGGAGUCCGAAAACGGCGCGUCUAUGACAUCACCAACGUCCUGGAUGGAAUCGAGCUGGUGGAAAAGAAGUCCAAGAACCACAUUCGGUGGAUAGGAUCCGACCUGAAGAACUUCGGAGCCGCACCCCAGCAGAAGAAGCUCCAGGCCGAGCUCUCGGACCUGUCGGCCAUGGAAGACGCCUUGGAUGAGUUGAUUAAAGACUGCGCUCAGCAGCUGUUGGAGUUAACCGACGACAAAGAAAACGAAAGACUAGCGUAUGUCACCUAUCAGGACAUCCACAGCAUCCAAGCCUUCCACGAACAGAUUGUCAUUGCAGUGAAGGCUCCGGAGGAGACCCGACUGGACGUUCCGGCUCCCAGAGAAGACUCUAUCACAGUACAUAUCAGGAGCACCAAAGGACCCAUUGAUGUAUAUUUGUGUGAAGUAGAACAGAAUCACCCAAGUGGUAAAACAGCCGAUGGAGCAGGGGCCUCUCCAUCUAAAAGCAAACAUCGAGAAUGCCCAGAGAAAGAAGACAGGCCUCCUCAGUGAAAGCCGCUCGGAGUGGGCGACCGAUAGCAGUGCACAGUGAUGAAGGGCCUCCUGUGUGGACGGAUUAUGUCCUGGUUUGAUCCUCAGCAAUAAGUCUUCAUAGAGCGCGCUGGGUCUCCCAUUCUAGAUUCAUAGCAGCGCUGAAGGCCAGUAGUGGUAGUGUUCUUGAGUAGCUUCCUGCUUAGGUUCCUGGAUGGUUUCCACGUUCAGAAUUAACUUUUGAUAACUCUUCACUGCCUCUUGUCAGUGAGAUGGACCUCUGCCUCCUGAAAUCAUUUUAUCGCAAAGAAUGUCACAAGGACAGACAGACGACCAGCUGGUUGUGGACUCUGCCCUUCCCUGAUGGACGUUGUCAGCUUCUGAGAAGAAUUGCCUUACCCUGGCUCACAUUCGCCCUUAGGUGUCGUGCACUGGUGAGGUGCACACACAGGGCCAAAUGUGGCGCCUUUGUACAUAUCUGUAUCAUGUUGAGAUUGCUUAUGAAAUAUGUCUGAUGACACCUCUAACCUAGAACAACCAAAAUAAUGUAUAUAGGGAAAAAUGACAGACAGAUCUCUACUUCAGUAUCGAUAACUUAUUAGAACCCUCUGGAUGGGGUGAGUUUUCCAUGUAGGAGUUCCACAGAUACACUGUGCAUUUAGAUCCAUGUACUUAAAGUGUUUUAUUACAGCUCCCAGUACUAUUAUGGGAGUCAGAUACUUCUUGAUUUUAAGCUGCCUGCAGAGUCACUGUGUCCCAGUAGAAUGGUGGCGUGCCUCGAAGCGUUGGGGGCACAUAAAGGAAUGCCCUCGGCAACGGGUCAGUUCACCCCAGGGUGAACCUGGUCCUGGUGAAAGGGAAAGCAUUAUCACGCUUUCUGCGAGCAGAUUUUAUAGUGUUUGUGUGUGCAGCCUGGCUCCUCUGUCAGAGGGGCUUCCCUCCCCUGCAUUCAUUGUACCCUGCCCCCACUCCAGCUCUCAUCCCGCCUUCCCAAGCACCUAGCUACUUCUACCUCAGUGGGUAAGUCAUUUACCUCUCUGUGCCUCAGUUUACUCAGUAACUUACCACUAGACUGUGAGCUCCGCGAGAAAGCUUUCCGUACUUGUGCUCAGCACCUCGCACCGCACCUAGUCCGGAACAAGUGCCCAAUAGACGUCUAGCCAACCAGUGAGCGGGUGAGUGUGGCGUGCGGCCCAUGGGACCUGGCUUGUUGUCUCAGGGUCUGGGGAGCAUCAUUGGUGUGUUAGAUCUCUCAUUUUACAAAAAAUUGGAAGCAACUUGAAAUAAUGACCAUGUAUGCAAAAAAUUCAAGUAGGGAAUCCAAAAUUAAAGUAUUAAAAAGAUAA